UCCAUAUCCAUUAUCUUUUUCCUUUCAUCUCUUCCUUAUAUUUGUGUCUCGUGUGUGUCUAAGUGGAGAGAAACAAACACAAUGGAAAGUAAACCUUUUUGUUGGAUUCUUCUAUCCUUGCUCAUUCUUUCAUGCUUUGUGUCUCAAACUCAUGAAAAAAUGCAAGAACAAACUCUAGCCUAUCUUCACAAUUCCAUAUUGAAGAAAAGUUCUGGCUUCGACACGAGUUUUUUCGAGGCAAUCAACAAUUUCAAUGAAACUAGCAGUGUUCAUCCUCAGGAGGGGUUGAAGGAGAAAGAUAGGAUUGAGAGAUUGCCUGGACAAACCCAAGUGAAUUUCUCUCAAUAUGGUGGCUAUGUCACAGUGGAUAAAUCAGCUGGUCGUGCACUUUAUUAUUACUUUGUUGAAGCUCAACAUUCUAAGGAUUCAUUGCCUCUUCUUCUUUGGCUUAAUGGAGGUCCUGGUUGUUCAUCUCUUGCUUAUGGAGCAAUGCAAGAGCUCGGACCAUUUCGUGUGCACAGUGAUGGCAAAACACUAUACGACAACAAAUUUUCAUGGAAUAAUGCCGCAAAUGUUUUGUUCCUUGAAUCUCCUGCCGGGGUAGGUUUUUCAUAUUCCAACACAACAUUGGAUUAUAGUACGAAUGGGGAUAGAAGAACUGCAGGAGAUAAUUAUGUGUUUUUGUUGAAUUGGCUGAAAAGAUUUCCUGAGUACAAGAAUCGUGAUUUUUAUGUUGCUGGGGAAAGCUAUGCCGGGCAUUAUGUUCCUCAACUUGCUCAUACCAUUCUCUUCCAUAAUAAGAAAGCUAACAAGACCAUUAUCAACCUCAAAGGAAUCAUUAUUGGAAAUGCAGUGAUCAACGAUGAAACAGAUACGCAAGGAAUGCUUGAUUACCUUGAGACCCAUGCAAUCGUUUCAGACCGAGAUGUGUAUCAAUUACAAAAAUAUUGCAACUUCUCAUCCAAUGCCUCCACUCAGUCUCAUGAGUGCAUUGCGGCCAGUGAAGCAGCGUCGAAGGAUAUUUCCUACAUCAAUAUCUAUAACAUUUAUGCUCCCUUGUGCUCCUCUUCCAAUCUCACAGCUCAGCCCAAGAAAACAUCUAUAUUUAAAUUUGAUCCAUGCAGCGAGUACUAUGUAUAUGCUUAUAUGAAUAGGCCUGAAGUUCAAGAAGCCCUACAUGCCAAUGUUACUAGACUCACACAUGACUGGGAACCAUGUAGUAAUGUCAUACAAAAAUGGGUUGAUAGUCCAUCAACCAUCAUUCCCCAUUUGCAGGAGCUCAUGGCCAAUGGCCUUCGAGUGUGGAUUUUCAGUGGUGAUAUUGAUGGAAGGGUUCCUGUUACAUCAACAAAAUACUCUAUAAACAAAAUGAAGCUUCCUAUAAAGACUGCAUGGCAUCCUUGGUUCCUCACUAAAGAUCAGGUUGGUGGCUAUACACAAGUGUAUGAGGGAGACCUAACAUUUGCGACAGUAAGAGAAGCAGGACAUCAAGUGCCGAGCUACCAGCCCGCGAGAGCAUUUUCUUUGAUCAAGCACUUCCUUGAAGGCAAACCACUUCCUGAUAUUAGCAGACAUAAUUAAUUUCAUUUUUAUCUACAUUUCAUAAGUCUACAUAGGCUCUAGCUAAGUUGGUUCCUUUGCCUUUGUAGUUUCAACUAUGUUUCUUUUGAUUAUCUGCUUUUACCUAAUAAAAAGUUAAUAGCAUGUUUCUAUGUUGAGCAAAAGCCCAACUUGUUUUUACUUUUCAA